AAACAUACAUACAUACAUGUCCCCUGUAUAUACGUGGAUCCCCCCAUGUGCUGUAGUAUAGUUUCCCCCUCCCUCCUCCUCCUCUUGCUCCUUCCAAUCCUCCCUCUUGGCAACUCUCCCCAAACACACACUCAACUCUAAUCAAACUUGCACAAGCACACCACUAUGAUAUUUCAUCUCAGCUUCAAGCUGCUGCUCAUCUUUCUCACCUCCACAUCUCUGCUCUUCCUCUCUUCAGACUCUCAGACACAGCCUGAUGAUACUACAGUCAUGUUAGCUCUCAGAAAGACUCUCGACCCAUCUCCAGAACUUGGAUGGACCGGCCCUGAUCCAUGCAAAUGGACCCAUGUGGUUUGCUCAGAAGGAAAGAGGGUCACCAAGAUUCAAAUUGGGCAUCAAAAUCUGCAAGGUACACUCCCUCCCAACUUAUCAGAGCUUACUCAACUUGAGCGUUUGGAGUUGCAAUGGAAUAAUAUAUCUGGGCCUUUACCCACUUUAAGUGGCCUAUCUUUGUUACAAGUUCUAAUGCUUAGUAAUAAUCAGUUUAGCUCUGUUCCUGUUGAUUUUUUCACCAAGUUGAACUCAUUGCAAUCUGUUGAAAUGGAUAAUAAUCCCUUUUCUGCUUGGGAGAUUCCGGAGACUUUGCGAAAUGCUUCUGCUCUUCAGAACUUUUCGGCUAAUUCUGCUAAUAUAAUUGGGAAAAUACCUGACUUUUUUGGGCCUGAUGAGUUUCCGGGAUUGGUCAAUUUGCACCUUGCUUUUAAUAGCUUGGAGGGUGAAUUGCCUUUGAGCUUUUCGGGUUCGGAAAUUGAGUCAUUUUGGGUUAAUGGCCAGAUGGGAAGUGGUAAACUUGGUGGACGUGUUGAUGUUUUGCAGAAUAUGACAUCUUUGAAGGAAAUUUGGUUGCAUUCGAAUUCAUUUUCUGGUCCGCUUCCAGAUCUUUCUGAGUUGAAGGCUUUGGAAAGCUUGAGUAUUCGUGAUAAUUCAUUUACUGGUCCGGUUCCGGAGUCUCUGGUAAAUCUGGAGUCCUUGAAAGUUGUUAAUUUGACAAAUAAUAUGUUUCAAGGACCUUUGCCUGUGUUCAAGAAUUCGGUUAGCGUGGAUAUGGUGAAGGACAGUAAUAGCUUUUGUUUGCCUAAACCCGGGGACUGUGAUCCUAGGGUAAAUUCAUUGCUUUCUAUUGUAAAAUCAUUCGGUUAUCCAUCGAAAUUUGCGGACAACUGGAAGGGGAAUGAUCCUUGUUUAAGUUGGGUGGGAAUUACUUGUAGCAAUGGAAAUAUUACUAUUGUUAACUUUGAGAAGAUGGGGCUGACAGGUACAAUUCCUUCUGAAUUUGUUGCACUGAAAUCUCUGCAAAGACUAGUUCUUGCCGAUAAUAAUUUAACUGGAACAAUCCCAGAAGAACUCGCUACUCUACCUGCGCUAACUAUGCUAGAUGUGUCAUACAAUCAGCUCCAUGGUAAGUUGCCUGCUUUUAAGGCUAAUUUGAAUUUGAAAACAGAAGGGAACACAGAUAUUGGAAAGGACAAGAGUGAUUCAUCGUCUCCUGGCAGCAGUUCCAAUGGCAAUUCAAGUUCAGGUAAUGAUGAUAAUUCCGAAAAUAGUGGUAAGAAGUCUAAAAGUUCUGUUGGCAUCAUUGUGCUUUCUUUGCUGGGGGGUGUUUUUGUGAUAGUCUUGAUUGGCUUAGCUGCUUUUUGUUUCUACAAAAGUAAGCAAAAGCGCUUUAGCAGAGUACAAAGCCCCAAUGCUAUGGUGAUCCAUCCUCGACUUUCUGGAUCGGAUAAUGAAAGUAUGAAGAUCACAGUUGCUGGAUCAAGUGUUAGUGUGGGUGCUGUUAGUGAAGUACACACACUUCCUGCCAGUGAAACGACUAAUGACAUCCAGAUGGUUGAGGCAGGCAACAUGGUUAUUUCCAUACAAGUUCUGAAAAAUGUGACAAACAACUUUAGUGAUGAAAAUAUAUUGGGGCAAGGAGGCUUCGGUACAGUCUACAAGGGGGAAUUGCAUGAUGGAACUAAGAUUGCUGUGAAGAGAUCGGACGGUGGGGUUAUCAUAGGAAAGGGCCUGACCGAGUUCAAGUCUGAAAUUGCUGUUUUAACAAAGGUUCGACAUCGACACCUUGUCGCACUGCUUGGCUACUGUUUAGAUGGAAAUGAAAAGCUUCUUGUUUACGAAUACAUGCCUCAAGGAACACUUAGUAGCCAUCUUUUCAAUUGGGCAGAAGAAGGGCUAAAGCCACUGGACUGGACAAGAAGGUUGACUAUUGCAUUGGAUGUUGCAAGAGGUGUUGAAUACCUUCAUGGUUUGGCCCACCAAAGUUUUAUACAUAGGGACCUAAAGCCAUCCAACAUUCUUCUUGGUGAUGAUAUGAGAGCCAAGGUUUCAGAUUUUGGUCUUGUACGCUUGGCUCCUGAAGGCAAGGGGUCCGUCGAGACAAGAAUUGCUGGAACUUUUGGGUAUCUAGCACCAGAAUAUGCAGUAACUGGACGCGUGACCACAAAAGUUGAUGUCUUCAGUUUCGGCGUGAUCUUAAUGGAGCUAAUCACAGGUAGAAAGGCACUUGAUGAAAGCCAACCCGAAGAAAGCAUGCAUCUGGUAACAUGGUUCCGAAGAAUGCACCUAAACAAAGACACAUUCCGGAAGGCCAUUGAUCCCACACUAGACCUAAACGACGAGACCCUUUCCAGCAUACACACUACAGCUGAACUAGCAGGCCAUUGCUGUGCCCGAGAACCAUAUCAGAGGCCUGACAUGGGUCAUGCAGUGAAUGUGUUAUCCUCUCUUGUAGAGCUAUGGCAACCAUCAGAGCAAAGCUCGGACGACAUAUAUGGGAUUGAUCUCGACAUGUCUUUGCCACAAGCACUUAAGAAAUGGCAAGCAUUCGAAGGCAGAAGUCACGCAGAUUCGUCGGCCUCUUCUUCCUUUGUUGCAAGUUUAGAUAAUACUACCACAAGUAUACCAACACUGCCUUAUGGGUUUGCUGAAUCAUUCACAUCAGCAGAUGGAAGGUGACAGAUAGAAAAUUGAAAUUGUAGUGAUAAUGAAUAUGGGGCUGGUUAUUCUGUCUGUGUCUUUUCUUUUUUUUGUUAUAUUGUUGUGAUCUUGUAAGCUUUGCUGUCACCCUUUUUGUUAUUUAGAUUUCUAGUCUGGAUAUUCUUUACUUUUUUGUAAGUUUGAAAAGAAUUCAAUUCAAAGAUUGCACAGUGUCUUUCUAUC